CCUCUGCCGACUUGAUUACAAAUCGUUUGAUAAAAAUAUAAAAUUCUUGUGGUAUAUCAACAACAACAAUAAACAAUCUGUUUAAUGAAUUAACAAAUAAUUAAAUUAAAAUAAUUAUAUUGAAAAAAAGUGAAAUGAUUUCACCAGGACGUCUGACAUUUUCAUUUAGUAAAUUAUUUUACAAUAAAAUAAAACGUGAUUUAACCUCGAAAGUUGCUGUUGCUACUGAACAAUUUGAAGAAACGAGCAAAGGAAAAAAUAUAUUGAUAUCAAAAACCGGGCCAAUUACAUUAUUCGGCAUAAAUAGAGUUUCAAAAAAAAAUAGUCUAGACCGAGAGACAGCUGAAGAAUUAUCAGAAGCACUGGACGUCUUUGAUCAAAAUAAAGAAUCAUCUGUUGGUAUAAUUCAUGGUGUGGGUGGUAAUUUUUGUGCUGGUUUUGAUUUAGAAGAAAUAUCUAAAUGUGAAACAGACACUGACAGUUUGCCACACUUUGGAUCAUUGAGUAGCAGAAAUGUACUGACUAAGAAACCAUUGAUAGCAUCAGUAAGCGGUUACGCAGUUGGUGUAGGGUUCGAAUUAGCUCUGAUGUGUGAUCUGAGAGUAAUUGAAGAACAAGCACGUAUGGGAUUUUUGAACCGACGUUUUGGUAUUCCAAUAAUGUGCGGAGGAACUGUGAGAUUACCGGCAAUCGUUGGCUACUCACGUGCCAUGGACAUGAUUAUAAGUGGACGUGAAAUCACUGGAGAGGAAGCAUUCCAGUGGGGAAUCGCUAAUCGUCUUGUUACUUGUGGUGGUGCUCUAGGACAAAGUGUGACAUUGGCUCAGUCAAUAAUUAAAUAUCCUCAGCGCGCUUUGUUAUCGGACCGCACAUCGCUGCACUUUGCAUCGUUGGGUGCCAAGUCAAUCGAAGAGGCUCUGGAGUUUGAAAAAGAUAACUCGACGGAUAUAUUAUUGGAAGAGGGUAUUGAAGGAGCCAAGAAGUUUGCGCAAGGCUUCGGCAGACAUGGCAAAGCUUACAAUAUUACCCAACUUGAUAGGACUAGUUUUAGAGAGCUAAGUGAUGAUCUUUUAUAACAUUUCAUUUUUUUA